GAUAGAAAAGAAAAGAAGAGAAAAGAAAGAAAGAGAUAAUGGUCACUGCUAGCAGACAUUUUCCCACCAUAUUCUUCUAAUCUUUGCUUUCAUUAGAUUCUGCAUUCUGAACACAAACCCCAUGAAUCCAAUCUUUCUUUUUUUAACUUGAACAGAGAUUUCUCUUUAAAUAUUUUCUUCUUCUACUACCUCUGUCUUGAUCUUAGAACCCAAACAUAUAUCCAUAAGUCAAUCUUAAAAAAAAAAACCCAACCACAUGCUUAGUUAGAUUUUUUGUGUAAGUAAACAAAAGAAGAGACAUGGUUUAUGUGUUCAUUCAUGGGACUCAUGGCAGAUUUUUGUAACAUGGGUUAUUUUUGUUUAUAAAUAACUAACUUUCAAUUCUUUGGGUGUUGUUAUAAUAACUAAGUUUAGUUGGUUGGUUGGCUGUUUCACUACUUAUCUUCACAAUAAAUUCAUCUUCCAUCUCCAAUCAUUUUCUGGAAGCUCACAAGUCUAGUAGUAAUAGUAACAGUGAAAGAUCCAAUCUGCAAUCUUGUGUUCUUCUUCUUCUUUCUUCACUCUUCUUCUUGAAGCUAUUGUGGAUGUGUUUAUUCAUAAAUGUUGGUUUGAAAGUGGUGGGACAUGCAAUUUUGAUGCUAUGUUCUUGGAAUAUCAUAAUUGAUAAUAACCCUAUGAAUUGGUUUGCUAAUAGUGGAUUAAUGGAGGUGAAGAACAAGUGUUUCGAGAAGAGGAAAUGUUUUGAUUGGUUCGGGAGUAUAUCACUAAAAGGGAGUAAAAUUUGGAUUAAGAGAGCUUAUGUUACUUGGCUAAUUUGUUGUCUAUUUGCAUCAAUAUGGAUCUUUUGGUAUAUGAAUUCACUUGCUAAAGAGAAAAGGAAAGAAACUUUGUCGAGUAUGUGUGAUGAGAGAGCUAGAAUGUUACAAGAUCAGUUUAAUGUCAGUAUGAAUCAUCUCCAAGCUUUGUCUAUCUUGAUCUCAACUUUCCACCAUGCCAAGAACCCAUCUGCUAUUGACCAGGCAACGUUUGCGAGGUAUGCAGAGCGGACGGCAUUUGAGAGACCGCUCACCAGCGGCGUGGCGUAUGCUGUCAGGGUACUUCAUUCUGAAAGGGAACAAUUUGAGAAGCAACAAGGAUGGACCAUAAAGAGAAUGGAUACACUGGUUCAAGAGGAGGAGUAUGCAUUCGAAAUCCCAGAAUCAUUACCAUCCCCUGUUCAGGAAGAAUAUGCCCCGGUUAUCUUUGCGCAAGAUACCGUCUCCCAUGUCAUUUCUCUCGAUAUGCUUUCGGGAAAGGAAGACCGUGAAAAUGUCUUGCGCGCAAGAGCAUCAGGAAAAGGGGUUCUUACUGCUCCUUUCGAAUUGCUGAAAACAAAGCGUCUCGGGGUCAUACUUACAUUUGCUGUUUACAAGACGGAACUUCCAUCAAAUGCAACUCCAAACGAAAGGAUACUGGCAACUGAUGGGUACCUUGGUGGAAUAUUCGAUAUAGAAUCGCUUGUAGAGAAGUUGCUUCACCAACUUGCCAGCAAACAAACCAUCCUUGUGAAUGUGUAUGACACCACUAAUUUCUCAGAUCCAAUUAGCAUGUAUGGCUCAAAUGUCACAGAUGAUAGAAUGUUCCAUGUCAGCUCUCUUAGCUUCGGAGACCCAUUUAGAAAACAUGAAAUGCGAUGCAGAUUCAAGCAGAAGCCACCAAUGCCUACAUUGGCGUUGAGCACAGCCAUUGUUGUGCUUAUUAUUGGGUAUCUUAUUGGGCAUAUACUCAACGCAUCAGCUAAUAGAAUCACAAGAGUUGAGGAUGAAUACCAAUUGAUGAAGGAGUUAAGAAAACAGGCUGUGGCUGCAGAUACCGCAAAGUCCCAGUUCCUCGCUACUGUUUCCCACGAGAUCAGAACCCCCAUGAAUGGUGUUCUAGGGAUGUUGCAGAUGCUAAUGGACACGGAACUAGAUAUAACACAACAAGAUUAUGUCAGAACUGCACAAGCAAGUGGGAAAGCUCUAGUUUCACUUAUAAAUGAAGUUCUAGAUCAGGCCAAAAUUGAAUCUGGCAAACUUGAGCUUGAGGCUGUGCGCUUUGAUGUUCGGGCUAUCAUGGAUGACGUGCUGUCUCUUUUUAGUGGAAAAUCUCAAGACAAGGGAUUAGAGUUAGCUGUGUACAUCUCAGACCGGGUUCCUGAAGUUUUAAUUGGUGAUCCUGGGAGAUUUCGGCAGAUUAUCACAAAUCUCAUGGGGAACUCGAUCAAAUUCACAGAGAAAGGACAUAUCUUUGUGACUAUUAAUGUUCUGGAGGAGGUGACAAGCUCAAUAGAUGUUGAGACUGAAGCGCCAUCUAGGAAUACCCUAAGCGGCUUUCCUGUGGCAGAUAGACGCCGCAGUUGGGGGCACUUCAAGACUUUUAGCCAAGAGGGAGCCACAUGUCCAGAAUCCUCAUCCGCCGCAUCGGAUCUCAUUACUCUAAUAGUAUCGGUCGAGGAUACAGGUGUUGGUAUUCCUUUAGACGCCCAUCCAAAAGUUUUCACACCAUUUAUGCAAGUGGGGCCGUCCAUCUCCCGAACUCAUGGUGGCACAGGUAUUGGAUUGAGUAUAAGCAAGUGUCUAGUUGGUCUCAUGAGCGGAGAGAUUGGAUUUGCCAGUGAACCCCAUGUUGGCUCCACUUUCACGUUCACAGUUGUUUUCAAUAAUGGUCGUUCGAAUUCAAACGAGUUCAAGAACCAACAAAUUAUUAAGCAGGCCAGCGGUCCAAUAUCCUCUGAAUUACAAGGAAUGACAGCGCUGGUUGUGGAUCCCAGACUUGUCAGAGCACAGGUGACAAGAUAUCAUCUCCAAAGAGUUGGUGUCCGCGGUGAAAUAGCCUCUGAUCUUAACCAAGGACUAUCUCACAUCUCCAGUGGUGGGUCAUCAGUCAUCAACAUGGUCAUUGUCGAAAAAGAAUUCUGGGAUAAAGACGCUGUUUUAGCAACUCAGUUUGCUAACAAGUUGAAGCAGUAUGAUCCUUCAGAUCGUUUGAAACUGUUUCUUUUAGCCAAUUCUGUUGUUUCUCCGAGAACAGAUAUUGGGAAGUUUGGUGGCUAUAACCCAACAAUCAUUAUGAAACCCCUUAGAGCAAGUAUGUUAGCCGCAUCUCUUCAACGAGCACUUAGCGUAGGUAACAACAAGGGUAACCCUCGAAAUGGAGUGAAACCACUUCUGCCACUCCAGAAUCUUCUUCGUGGUAAACAAAUUCUGGUUGUAGAUGACAAUAAUGUAAACCUCAGAGUAGCUGCUGGAGCUUUGAAGAAGUAUGGAGCUACAGUAGAAUGUGCAGAUAGUGGGAAGAAAGCUAUUGAUAUGCUUAAACCGCCUCACCACUUUGAUGCCUGUUUUAUGGAUAUCCAAAUGCCUGAAAUGGAUGGGUUUGAAGCUACAAAAAGGAUUCGAGCUAUGGAACACGACAUAAAUAACCGAAUCCAACAUGGAGAGAUAUCUGUGGAGGCUUACGGGAAUGUUCAAAACUGGCAUGUUCCUAUAUUGGCCAUGACUGCAGAUGUAAUUCAAGCUACAAACAAGCAGUGCUUGGCGAGUGAGAUGGAUGGCUAUGUGUCUAAACCUUUUGAAGGAGAACAACUAUAUAGAGAAGUUGCACGCGUUCUGAAAUCAAAUCCACCUCAACUUACAAACCCAGUAGACCAAAGCAUCUAGCGCACUGGACUAUAGAUAUCAACUGACUAUUCUUCAGGGCGAACUGGAAUGCUUAAUCGGGAUUUCGUGUUGUUACCAAGAGAUUAUUUAUUUUUCGCAGGGGCUGAUUGGAAUGAAAGAGUGCACAGAAGAAACAUUGAUUCUCCGUCCUUUUGACGACUUAAUUUAACUCACAACUUAUUUGGUGGCUUGAGAUGAUAACCUAAUCGUUACUUUGUAAAUAUGUCUCCUUCUCUCCGUCGAUACAAAAAGAUGUUCGGAAUCCUCACAACUUCGAAUGUGAAGGAAAUGAAAAUAUUUAGCUGCUGGUGUAAGUAAAAAGAAGAAAGUUUGGAAUUAGACUACGUUUCUAUAUACUCUCUACCUUAUCGUAAGAAUGUAUUUAGUUAGUUUUGCUGGUGAGAUUUCCAGUUAUCUUUUUUUCUCUAUCCUCUGGAAAUCGAAGAUUCAUUGCAGAGGUUUUCAAUGUAGUAGUAGUCCUAGUGAGCAAUGCAAAUAAUACAUGGUUCUUUAUUGAUUGUGUUGCUAAUGUAUGAUGGACGAGACAAUGUAGUCGUGACAACUAGUUGUACAUACGCGUUUCUCAUUUUAGUAGUACCUGAA